AUGGAAGAUGGUUUAGAUAGAGGCGGCAGUAAAGAUCUGCGUCGGUUACACCCUGCGCUGGCAUUUUUGCGCCCGUAUCGCGCGCAGGUCGUAUACGCAAGUAUCGCUCUGGUCGUCACGGCGGGUGCAACCUUGUCUUUAGGGCAGGGUAUCCGUCUGGUCAUAGACAGUGGCUUUGCCAGCGGUGAUGCAGAUGUACUCGUCAACUCUUUAAGUCUGUUUGCGGCGUUUGUUCUGAUAUUGACCAUCGGUACGUUUGUCCGCUUCUACUUUGUUUCCUGGGUGGGAGAGCGGAUAAGUGCAGAUAUCCGCACUGCCGUAUACAGUCAUCUUGUGCACUUGCAUCCCGGCUUCUUCGAAUCCAAUGCGCCCAGUGAAAUCCAAUCUCGUAUCACCACAGACACGACGUUACUGCAGACCGUGAUCGGUUCUUCAGUCUCGAUUGCUUUGCGUAACAUCCUGAUGUUUAUCGGCGGUGUGAUUCUUUUAUUUAUUACCAACGCGAAGCUGUCUUUGAUUGUGCUCGCCAGUGUCCCGUUUGUGGUGAUCCCUGUGAUUCUGUUCGGCCGCCGGGUACGUAAACUUUCCCGUACCUCUCAGGAUCGCCUGGCUGAUGUCGGCAGUUAUGCCGGCGAGUCCUUGCGUCAUAUUAAAAUUGUGCAGUCAUUUAACCAUCAGCAGGCGGAUGAGGUGGCCUUUGCCAACCGUGUGGAUCAGGCUUUCCAUGUUUCGGUGCAACGUAUUCGUCAGCGUUCAUUUCUGGUGGCCAUUGUCAUGCUGCUGGUUUUCGGCGCGGUCGCGACCAUGUUGUGGGUUGGUGGGCAGGAUGUGUUAGCAGGCCAGACGUCGGCAGGAGAGCUUGCAGCUUUUAUUUUUUACGCGUUCAUAGUAGCGGGCUCUGUGGGUGCUAUCAGCGAGGUGCUUUCGGAUCUGCAACGCGCAGCAGGGGCAACGGAAAGGUUGGUUGAACUGUUGGAAUCUCCCAGCGAAAUUACGGAAAUUUCUGCGCCGAAACCCCUGCGCAGCGACAACGUUGGCCUCAGUUUUGUUGAUGUCAGUUUCAGCUACCCAACCCGUCCUGAUGAGCAGGUACUGCACAACGUCAGUUUUAAAACAGAGCCCGGAGAGAUGCUUGCUCUGGUGGGGCCCUCGGGUGCAGGUAAGAGCACAAUAUUUGACCUUAUUGAACGUUUUUAUGAUCCAACGGCAGGUCAUGUUGAGGUCAACGGCACAGACAUUACACAGCUUAAACUGCAGGACUUGCGUCAGACGGUUGGUUUUGUACCGCAGGAUCCAGUGCUGUUUGCCGGUACCCUGAGAGACAAUCUGGUUUAUGCCAAUCCGCAUGCCACCGACGCCGAGAUCGCCCAGGCUUUACAGCUUGCUUACGCGGAACAGUUUGUUGCGGAUUUAGCCUCCGGGUUGGAUACCAAGGUGGGUGAGGGCGGUGUCGGUCUGUCUGGUGGGCAACGUCAGCGCCUGGCAAUAGCGCGUGCGUUGUUGUCGAAACCAGCGGUGCUGUUGCUGGAUGAAGCGACCAGCGCGUUGGAUGCAGAAAGCGAAAACCACAUCCGCUUGAGUAUCGAUGGGUUAAAAGGUCGGAUGACUAUUCUGGUGAUUGCUCAUCGGCUGUCCACGGUCAGGCAGGCAGAUCGAAUACUGGUGCUUGAGAGCGGCAGGGUUGUGGGCAGUGGUUCACACGAUCAAUUGCUGAACUCAUCUGCUUUGUAUGCGCGUUUUGCACAAAUGCAGUUUGCUGCUUAA